AUGACGUACCGUAGCCACAACGUGGGUCCCUCGAGGGCUUUCGAUCACAUUUACGACCCAUUGUACGUGGCGUCGGACCAUAAGGAUGUGCAUCGAGCGAAUCACGCGGCACUGGCCAAAUCGGCCCCGAUCGGUAUCUUUCCCGUGUACCAAUCGAUGUUUAGUGAGCUGCCUCGGUUAACACGCAAUCAUUACGUCAUGCACCGGAAUCCGUUGCCGUACUAUCCGGAAGCACCGGUAUCGGGUGCAUCUCAACAACAGCAGCAGCAGGUGCUCGGUGCGGAAAGGGCGAAAUUCUUCUGCCACCCAACGGCCGGUGAAACGGGUUGUAAUGUCCGCUACGCGCCGGUAGAGGUCACCGAACAGCCAGAAGAGUACUGCGGAUGUGACGAUGGUGAUGAGGAUGUUGGGCCACGAUUCCGUGAGGUAGCAUCUCAGACGGCAUUCCGUGAGUCAUCGGCACAAACGCACCCCUGGAUGCCAGCGGCCGUGUUGAAGGAAGCCCGUGGAAAUGCUGGUCCUGGAGCUGAGAUCGUGUACGUGGCGGAGAUGUUACAGCACACGCGUUUCCCGGGUGUAAAUGAGGUGGAGAUCGUCGAACGAGCUCGCCGGAAACGUAGCUGGGAGUACGCUCUUGGAACCGGAGAUGUCCUGGAUGAGUGGCGUCAGCAGAAGCUGGUGUUGCAGAUCUUCGAGUGGGAGGAAUGGGUCGCUCGGGAGCGCCAGAUCGAUCGGUAUCAGAUGCUACGGUUGCAGUUGGUUGCGAAGAUCAUGGAAAAGCGUGAACGGGACACACACCGUGCGACUGAGGGCAAGAUGGAGAACACAAAGCAGCGCAUUAAUCAGGCCCGGAACCGAGCGAUGCGGAAGCUGGAUGUGACGUUUGAGCGGAAUCUGCGUAAACUCGAGCGUCGGCGGCAUGAGAUGAGUGUGCGGUAUGGAGCGAAGGGUCGUGGACAGGAUGCUGCCGAACGGUUGGCACUGGAGGCGUUAACCGGGGCAAGGAAGAAGUACUCGAAGCAAUCGUACGAUUACGAUCCGAACCUUAUCGAAGUUGGGUUGGCUAAACUGGACAAGAAGACGACCGUUGCGAGGAAGUUUGUGAACCCGCGGGAUCAACGACCGGAGCUGUGGAAACCGAAGGAAGUCUGCCGUGAGUUCCAGAAGGGUUUCUGGUCGGAUAACUUCCUGCGCAAGUUGUACGAAUCACUCAAGCAAUUCCGCAACCGAAAGGACACCGAUCGACCGAUACCACAAUGUACGAUCGUGGUGUCCUCACCGACGGAAAGUUUCGUCGUGUCCCCGGUGGCCGCAUCACCGGAGAAGGAAAGUGACGCACUCUACCAACAAGCCGUCCUGUUGCAGAAGUUGAUACGGGGUCGUGCCACCCAGGAACUGAUCCACCGGGACUACGCGACUGAGCACGAUCUGAUGGAUGAUCUGAUCGCAUCCCACCGGUUGCCCGUGGUGGAGGAGUUUUUCCCGUGUGAUCUUUCCCGACUGCCAGGUGGCGUUGUUGAAGGAGCUGGAAGUGUGCGUGAACGUUACCUGCGUAUCCUGAAGAACGAACCACAGCUGGAUGAGUUCGUUGAGAGCAGUUCGCACGGCCAGAUGAGCUCGUUGGUGAGCACACUCGAGCGGGAACUGGCACGGUUGCAGAACGAACGUAACACGCAGGCGUUCUUUUUGCUUGCGGAACGGGAACGCUACCUGCGGGAGUCCUCGGACGUGGAUCGGAGUCCUAGCGAACGCAAACCACUUCCAGGGGCGAGUGAUGAGAUGGCGAUCUAUCUGGAAAACGCACUGCUGGAGCAGGCUGAGAACGUGGACGAAAUGCGUGAACAGAUCCACCAGAUGGCGCGUCGGUUCGAUGAGGAAGCAGAUCGUCGGAGUGAUGGCAGUUCCAUGCAGGUGAUGAUGGCGUAUGAGGGUGCUCGUGAACCACACGGUGGCAUUGAAGGAUCCCUGGCGGAUGAGAUGCUUCUGCCGGAGCUGUUCCGGCGUGCUGCACGCGAAAACAUUAAGCUCAAGCAGCGCCCUCUGCUGGCGAACGUGCACGAGCUGAUCUACAGCCGGCGGAAGGACGACGAACCGGAAGUGGUUGAUGAACGGGAUGCCGUGCCGGAUGAGGAACUCGUAAAGCAACCGGAGGAACGGCGUGUCGUGGCUGGAUUGCUGGAGGGCAUAAUCGAACGAGCUGUUUUGCAACCGGAAUCAGCGUACUCGGAAAAUGAGGUCGAAGAAUUGCCCGAGGACGAACAGGAUCUGGCCGGAGCGAGUGAGCUGUCGGUGGGAAGCGAGUACGAGAUGGCCGAGCAGGAAGAGGAAGAAGAGAUCUCUCGCAUGGCAACCGAGCUGAUCGAGGACAUCCUGAGUGCGGUCCUGGACGUAUCGGAGUAG